AUGGCACCUCUCAAACUGAACAGCGCGAACUUGUCCCAAAUCGCCACGGCCGGCGAGGCCCAGGUUAAGGUCCCCACCUACCAGCGCGGCGCCGCCGUCAAGGAGGGAAUUGUCCACAUUGGUGUGGGCGGCUUCCACCGCGCCCAUCUGGCCGUUUAUGUCGACCAGUUGAUGCAGAAGCAUGGCAGCACUGACUGGGCCAUCUGCGGUGUCGGUCUGCAACCCUUCGAUGCCGGCAUGCGCGACGUCCUGUCAUCCCAGGAUCACCUCUAUACGGUCAUUGAGCGGUCUGCCAAGGGAAGCUUCGCCAAUGUUGUCGGCAGUAUCAAUUCCUACCUCUUUGCCCCGGACAACCGUGAGGCCGUCAUCGCCAAGAUGGCUCACCCGGAUACUCACAUUGUCUCCCUCACCAUCACCGAGAGCGGUUACUACUACAACGAGAACACCCACGAGUUGCAAGUCGAGCAUCCCGAUAUCCAAUUCGACCUCGAUCCGGCCAACGAGAAGGCCCCCCGCACUACCUUUGGUUUCCUCUACGCUGCUAUGGUCCGCCGUCGAGAGCAGGGCCUGAAGCCCUUCACCGUUAUGUCCUGCGAUAACAUGCAGAAGAACGGUGCCAUCACCCGUCAUAUGCUCGAGUCGUUUGCCCGCGUGCGCAAUCCCGAGGUCGCCAAGUGGAUUGCCGAGAAAGCCCACUUCCCCAACGCCAUGGUCGACCGCAUCACACCGCAGACCUCCGCCGCAGACAAAGCUUCGCUUGCCGAGAACUUUGGUAUCGAAGAUGCAUGGCCUGUCGUGACCGAGCCCUUUAUGCAGUGGGUGAUUGAGGACCACUUUUCCGACGGCCGCCCGCCGUUCGAUAAGGUCGGCGUUCAGCUCGUGACGAAUGUGCACAAUGUCGAGCAGUUCGAGAAGCAUAAGCUGCGUCUUCUCAACGGAAGUCACUCCGCUAUUGGCUAUCCUGGUCAGCUGGCCGGCUUUAAAUAUGUUCACGAGGUCAUGGAGCACCCCUUAUUGCGCAAGCUGGUGUGGCAAAUGAUGCAAGAAGAAGUCAAGCCACUCCUGCCUGCUAUUCCGGGCGUGGAUAUUGACGAAUAUUGCAAUACCCUCGUCGAGCGUUUCUCGAACCCCACUAUCAUGGAUCAAUUGCCUCGUGUUUGCCUCAACGCGUCCGGAAAGAUCCCUCAAUUCAUCAUGCCCUCGAUUGCUGAGGCGAUCUGGGUUACCGGCCCCUUCCGCCGUCUGUGCUUUGUCGCUGCGGCCUGGUUCCAUUAUCUCAAGGGCGUCGACGACAGUGGCAAGCCCUUCGAAGUGGAGGAUCCGAUGAGAGAAGAAUUGCAGGCAAAGGCACGCGCUGGAGGCACCAACCCGGCCGAGCUGCUGAGCGUCAAGAAUCUCUUCGGUGAUGACUUGCGCAAUGACAAGCGAUUCCUCGAGCAGCUUACUACGGCCAUGGAGGAAAUUGCUCGGGACGGCGUCCUGAAGACGCUUCCCAAGUAUGUCGACUAA